AUGGGUGAUGAUGACAAUGCUGCAUUAGUUGUGGAUAAUGGAUCUGGAAAUGUCAAGGCCGGUAUUGCUGGAGAUGACGCACCUAGAUGUGUUUUCCCUAGUAUUGUUGGCCGCCCUAAGAAUCCAGCUCUCAUGAUUGGAAUGGACGAAAAGGAAGUUUAUGUUGGCGAUGAAGCCCAAUCUAAACGAGGUAUCUUGACCCUCAAAUAUCCGAUUGAACACGGUAUUGUUACGAACUGGGAUGAUAUGGAAAAGAUAUGGCACCAUACUUUCUACAAUGAACUUCGUGUUAAUCCUGAAGAACAUUCGGUUCUAUUGACAGAAGCCCCAUUGAACCCAAAGACAAAUCGUGAAAAGAUGGCCACUAUAAUGUUUGAAACUCAUAAUGUUCCAGCGAUGUAUGUUGCUAUUCAAGCUGUGCUAUCAUUGUAUUCAUCUGGACGUACCACUGGUAUUGUUUUAGAUUCUGGCGAUGGCGUUUCUCACACUGUGCCAAUUUAUGAAGGUUAUGCCAUGCCUAGUGCAAUUAUGAGGUUAGAUUUGGCCGGCAGGGAUUUGACUGAAUACAUGCAAAAGAUUUUGGUUGAACGUGGAUUUUCAUUUACAACAUCCGCUGAAAAGGAAAUUGUUCGUGAUAUUAAGGAAAAAUUAUGCUAUAUUGCCUUGGAUUUCGAUGAGGAAAUGCAAGCUGCUGAGACGUCAAGCGAUUUGGAAAAAUCAUACGAAUUACCAGAUGGUAACAUUAUCACGGUCGGAAAUGAACGUUUCAGAUGUGCCGAAGUUCUAUUUCAACCAUCUUUUAUUGGGAAGGAAUGCCACGGUCUUCACAAAACUACCUUUGAUUCUAUUAUCAAAUGUGAUGUCGAUAUUCGAAGAGAUUUGUACUCUAAUGUUGUUCUAUCUGGCGGCACUACCAUGCUUCAGGGUAUUGGAGAACGUCUAACAAAAGAACUCUCCUGCUUAGCCCCGAGCACAAUGAAAAUCAAAGUCGUUGCACCCCCAGAAAGGAAAUACUCCGUAUGGAUUGGCGGUUCAAUUUUGUCCUCUCUAUCCACUUUCCAGCAGAUGUGGAUUACUAAGGAUGAAUUCGAUGAAAGUGGCCCUGUCAUUGUUCACCGAAAGUGCUUCUAG